AUGGGGAUAGGGAUGGGGGAUGAGGGAGACCUGAGGUUCGGGGCCCGCUGGAACGCGGAUGGUGGAGGGCUGUUGAUUGGUUGGUGGGAUUGUAUAGCAGUGGGGACGGUGGACUCUGGAAUCGCAGUAUGGGAUGUCCCUGAAAUUAUGUACGCUUGA